AGAUGAGGUGGGCCUAUUAAUGAUUUUGAGUUUUCUUUUUUUUGCUGAAGUCAGAGCACUCUGCCUUUCUGCCUCUGGGCCAUGUCCACACAGCAUGGCUAUAGACUAAAAAAACUGUGUCUUUUAGCAGAAUCCUUUGAUUGACACAUUUCUACUAAAGCGUAUGAUUUCAUAGGGCAGUUGCAAUGGAUUCAGUGAAGGAAAGCAAUGGACAUGACAACCUUGCAUUUGAUAUGCAUGAAGAAGUCAAUGAUCAACUCAGGACAAAGGCAGAUAAAUCCAACCGGACCGACUGUGUGGCAGAGGAGGACAGAAACAAACCAACCUAUUGUGUGACCGAUGUCCCUCCUUGGUACCUUUGUAUUUUCCUGGCCUUUCAGCACUACCUGACAGCCUUCGGUGCGAUCAUCGCCAUCCCCCUCAUCCUCUCUGAGGGGUUAUGUCUGCAGCAUGAUACCCUGACCCAGAGUCUUCUAAUCAACUCCAUAUUCUUCGUUUCUGGCCUCUGCACCAUUCUACAGGUUACCUUUGGCAUCAGACUUCCUAUACUGCAGGGAGGUACUUUUGCCUUGGUGACCCCAGCCAUGGCCGUUUUAUCUACGCCAGAGUGGAAGUGCCCGGCUUGGACCCAGAAUGCAAGUUUGGUCAACACCUCCUCCCCUGUUUUCAUUGAAGAAUGGCAGAGCCGCAUGAGAACCCUGCAGGGCUCUAUCAUGGUGGCCUCUGUCCUCCAGAUUCUUGUUGGUUUCUCUGGCCUCAUAGGGUUCCUCAUGCGCUUCAUUGGCCCCUUAACCAUCGCCCCCACCGUGUCUCUUAUAGGCCUGUCUCUGUAUGACUCCGGCGGGGUAAAGGCUGGCAGCCAUUGGGGCAUUUCUGCUUUGACUGCAGGGCUGAUAAUUCUCUUCUCUCAGUACCUUCGUCUCAUACCAAUUCCUGUUCCGUCAUGCAGCAAAACCGAGAAAAGGAAAAUCUCAAAGUUUUAUGUCUUCCAAACCAUGCCUAUUCUGCUGGGCAUUGCUGUCUCGUGGCUAGUCUGUUACCUCCUCACCAUAUCUGAUGUCCUGCCGUCUGAUCCUACCCGAUACGGUCACCUGGCCCGUACUGAUGUGAAGGGAAAUGUGGUGAGCCAGGCUUCCUGGUUCACACUGCCAUACCCCGGCAUGUGGGGGACUCCUACUGUAAACCUGGCUGCUGUGGUUGGGAUUUUGGCUGGAAUAAUAUGCUCCAUGGCAGAGUCUGUGGGCGACUACUAUGCCUGUGCCAGGUUGUCCGGGGCUCCUCCCCCUCCAAAGCAUGCCAUUAGUAGGGGCAUCGGUGUUGAAGGGCUUGGCUCUUUACUGGCGGGAGCCUUUGGGACAGGCAAUGGCACGACUUCUUUCAGUGAGAAUGUGGCAGCUCUCGGUAUCACCAAGGUGGCUAGUCGGACUGUGAUUCUUCUAAGUGGAUUCCUCAUGAUUUUGAUGGGAAUGGUGGGCAAAAUUGGAGCCAUCUUCACAACCAUCCCCACUCCGGUAAUUGGAGGGAUGUUUCUGAUCAUGUUUGGUGUCAUAUCUGCCGCAGGAAUUACCAAUUUGCAGUUUACAGACAUGAAUUCUUCUCGGAACAUCUUUGUGUUUGGCUUCUCCAUUUUUUCUGCGCUUGUCAUUCCGAACUGGAUCAUGAAGAACCCCGGGGUUCUAGAAACAGGUGUCAAAGAGGUGGACCAAGUUUUGAAUGUAUUGUUCACCACCCAUAUGUUUGUGGGAGGGUUCCUUGGCUUCUUCCUAGAUAACACGAUUCCUGGGACCAAGCGUGAACGUGGCCUCCUCACCUGGAACACAGAACAUCGUGAAGACUCCAGGAACGCCUUGACACCAGAAGACGUUUAUAAUCUCCCGUUCGGAAUAACUACUUGUCUUCAAACCCGGUCCUGGGUCCGUUACGUCCCCUUCUGCCCACCGACCAAUCACAUGACGGAGGAUGUCGUGUCACAGGGUCAGGGGACUGAGCAAAUGACAAGAGUUUGAACUGUUUUCAUCGGGUCACAAACAUGCGUCUUUUUCUUAAAGUUAAGACUUUGUUCAGCUUUACUUUUCAUUGCUGGUUGAUUGUUAAAUAUACAUAUUGUAGCACAUUCAAUUCAUUGUAGGCCGCUAAUAAUGCAUUUCAUGAAAACAUGAAAACAUGCAGCUCUGUUUCCUCUUGUUCCCACUUUAUUUGACUUAAUAUAUUGAAAAAUACAACAACAAGAUAACAUUUCAAUAACGUUUCUGGUCAACAUGGGGAACCUGCGACACACUGAUCGGCUGCCUUCACAUUUUGUCAAUACCAAAAGGAGAACUACUGAAUGAUUAAACUGUUCCAGGCGUGUUCCAUUUUCUCUUAUCCUUCUAAUAAGUCUUGGAGCAGGCGCUGAAAACCAGAUUGUUGUUGUUCCUCAGUUUCCCCUUUCAAAGGAAAUUAAAUUCAGCCUGAAGGUAUACUAUCAUACAUCCGCAUCUCCACAUACAGGCAGCUGCUAAAAACACCACAGCAGCAGCGGCAUACAGGCCGUUAUUGUGUAUCCUUUACAAACAGAUAACUCAUUCUCUCUAUCUCUCCUGCUUACCUUCCAUGCUGUCGGCUCUUUGUCUCCAUGUUCAUUUCCUCUGUCUAAUCACCUCUGACAGGCAGAUGGGAGAGGGUGUAAUGUUUUGACCCGGGGACCCAGCAUAUCUCCCCAAGGGCCAUUUUGACCAUUGGUCAGUGGUUCACCUCCCACUCUGUGCUAUUUCUGCAUUCUGCAGAAUCGCCAGGCGCUACAAAUUUGUCUGUACGCAGAGUUCCUAGCAAAAUGUUGAUAUCGCUUAAACUUGUUCAUGCUUUGUCAUGUUACAAGCACAAACCUUAUUUAAUUGGGAUCAAAUGCAAUGAAUAUUUAUAUGAACACACCUUACAGUACAAAUAACCAAAAAUCAUUGACAUCCUACCGGA